AUGAAGUUCUCACUAUCGUCAGCGGCCAUGUGCGCCGCCCUGCUCCCGGGAGCAUCCGCGACCAUCUUCUACGCCGGCGUCGCCCAGUCCGGCGGGGAGUUUGGCGUUUGGAGCGCGGACGGAACCCCAGGGACCGGCUUACCCGGCCAAUUCGGCAAGGAGUACCAGUUUAUUGACACCGCGGGCGUGGACAUCAUGACGGACGAGAACAAGGUCAACCUCCACCGCGUCGCCUUCCUGCUGGAGCGCAUGUGCCCACCGGCGGACGGUCUCGGGGCCAAGUUCAACGAGACCCACUUCGACCACUUCAAGGAAGCCAUCGACUACAUCACCGUGACCAAGGGCGCUUAUGCCAUCCUAGACCCGCACAACUACAUGCGGUACAACGACCCCUCCUCGCAGCCGUACAGCGGCAGCGUGAUCGGCAACGCAUCCGACCCAACCGCCGCCACAACCGCCCAGUUCGGCGAGUUCUGGGGGGAGCUGGCCGGGCGGUUUGCCGACAACGAGAAGGUCAUCUUCGGGCUGAUGAACGAGCCGCACGACAUGCCGAGCGCGCUGCUGCUGGAGAACCUGCAGGCGGCGGUGGACGCGAUCCGGGCGGCGGGCGCCACCAACCUGAUCAUCGCACCCGGCAACUCGUGGACGGGCGGGCACGCGUGGACGCAGGGCGGCGACGAGGCCAACAGCGCGUGGCUGCACAAGCUGGUGGACCCGGCCAACAACACGGCCAUCGACAUUCAUGAGUACCUGGACGAGGAUUUUAGUGGUGGCCACACGGCCUGCACGCAGGACCCGGCCGAGAACUUGGCGGAUGUGACCGCCUGGCUGCGCGAGCACGGGCUCAAGGCCAUGAUCACCGAGUUUGGCGGCUCCAACACCACGGCGUGCACGACCAUGCUGAACGGCAUCCUGGACUUCAUGGCGGAGAACGAGGAGUACAUUGGCUGGACGGCGUGGGCGGCGGGUCCGUUCUGGGGCCCCAACAGCCCCUGCUGCACCGACCAGAAGCAGCUGGGCAGUCUGGAGCCGGGGAGCAAGGCUGCUGGUGGCGCGCCAAGUCUGUAUGAUACCGUGUGGCUGCCCGUGUUCCAGAAGAAGGUACCGGCGAAAUUGCAGUGGAGCGGGGCUGCGAGCGUGGAUGGCGGUGAGUUGACGGAGAAGGCGUAG